AGCAACAAACACUAGGAAGUACCGCAAGACUGUUGAGAUUCAUGUGAAGAUUUUCUGCACUUCACUUGACAGUUUGUUUUUCAUUCAUGAUAGACGAGGGAAUCCGCCACGGGAGCGACGUAUAGCAGAUGAUCAUGCGCAAUGAACACCCGGAACAGUCGAUUUUUUCUCAAGUAAAAGUAGCUUAGCUGCAGUAGCUCUCAGUGUUUAACUGUCAAUAAGACACUGCUCAACUAUUUACUACACUGUAUGGCAAUUCAAUUUAAGAAGUACUCUUCAACAAGAACGUAUAUUUGAGAUGGUUUUGAAGUUUAUAUUCGCUUUCAAACUCCUAUUCACAAACUAAUUUACAACUCUUCCGGAUCUUCAGGAAAGUCUGUCCUGGUCUCCUCGUGAGAAGCUGUCAUCAUGGCAUCAGCCAAGCUCAAGUACCUCUCUCUGGGGGUUCUGGUGUUCCAGACCACAUCCCUGGUGCUGACCAUGCGUUACUCACGCACCCUUCAGGGCGAUGGGCCGCGUUACCUGGCCUCCUCUGCUGUGGUGGUGGCAGAGUUCCUCAAGAUCCUCACCUGUGUGGGGCUCGUCUUCAAGGAGAACAGUUACAGCGGCCGAGCCCUGAGCAGUAUUAUGAGACAAGAGAUCAUACACAAACCUAUAGAGACGCUGAAGCUGGCUAUACCUUCAGGGAUCUACACACUACAGAAUAACCUGCUUUAUGUAGCGUUGUCCAACCUUGAUGCUGCUACCUAUCAGGUGACGUACCAGUUGAAGAUCCUGACUACAGCCCUGUUUUCUGUUUCAAUGCUGGGCCGCAGACUUGGGGUUUACCAGUGGUUGUCUUUGCUCAUUCUCAUGGCUGGUGUUGCAUUUGUACAGUGGCCUACAGACUCUCCAGUAGAUCCUCAGAAAGAGCAUUUGACAGCUGGCUCUCAGUUUGUGGGGUUGGUUGCCGUGCUGGUGGCCUGUUGCUCCAGUGGGUUCGCUGGCGUUUACUUUGAGAAGAUCCUGAAAGAGACCAAGCAGAGUGUUUGGGUCCGAAACAUCCAGCUUGGCUUGUUUGGCCUGGUUUUUGGUGUCUUCGGGAUGUUGGCUUAUGAUGGUGACAGAGUCCGAGAACAUGGAAUGUUCCAGGGCUACAACACACUGACCUGGAUAGUGGUCGCUCUCCAGGCUCUUGGAGGGCUUGUAAUUGCUGCUGUCAUCAAGUAUGCUGACAACAUACUGAAAGGCUUUGCUACAUCACUCUCAAUUAUCCUCUCCACAUUAAUUUCAUAUUUCUUGCUUGAGGACUUUGAGCCUACGAGCGUGUUCUUCUUGGGAGCAAUACUUGUCAUAACGGCGACAUUUCUCUAUGGUUAUGAGAACAAACCGCCAUCCAACCCAAGCAGAGCAUAAAAAAAGGAUGAGGUGAAAGUGGAGUGGAACAAAGGGAUGAAUCGAGUGGAAGGACGGAGAAUAGCAGAGGAGACGUUGAGAGCGGGGAAAAAAGAUGGAUACAAGGUUGGAUAACAAGCUACGGCCACUGCUGUGCAGUGCUGAGCUGAAGCACACUGGGUGAAUUGCUCUGGGCCUCCACUUUCCGUCUAACUCUCGUUUAGCGUGAAAAACUUUCAUCCGCGCUAAUCACAUUAAUGGGUGAUGGAUAAAAACACUUCAUAAUGCGCCCUUUUACAAAUGUUUCUGGAUGCGCUGAGAGGUUUUUUUUUUGUUUUUUUGGAGGGGGGGGGAAAUCAGGACAAAGGACAAAGUUAUCUAAUAUGUCAGAGCUUUUGGAUCGUUAUAGUGGCCCGGAGUAAUUCGCCACAAAUGAAACUUGAAUCUCGCAGAAACCUGGCAAAAGAGAUUAGCUUUCUGAUGAGAUUGUUGCAUCACUGUAUUUUUUUUUGUCAUUAUUCAAACUGCUUACAAAUAUUUUAUGCUAUUUUAAUUGACUGGGUUACUGGGAUAAUUUCUGUGGCGAUGAAAUUAAGGGAAUAAUGGACCUUUGGUGAAUAUAAUAUAAACUUUUGAUAUUAUGGUUAUCAUGAAAAUGAUAAUAACAAGGCUUAGCUGGUUGGUUUGUGGGAUGUCAUGAUUACAGACUAUUUUACGGAUUACCUCUGUCACCAGGCAACAAAGAAUACUUGAGUUACUCCAUUAUAUAUGCAAGGAAGUGUUUUUUUUUUAGCAACUUUGCACUAUGUGUGAAGCUAUAUUAGUAUCUGUUGAGGAGUGAUGAUAAUAAAUCAGGUGUUUAAUUAAUUUUUUUUUUUUUCAGACAGUACAUACAUUUUCACCAGGGCAGCACAAAAGGUGUAAACGACGCAUGAAAUCACAUUUUGAAAAGGGUACAAAUAUUUUUCAGUUCCAACAAAGAGACGUUUUUCAGACGUUUCCAUGUUUAUUUGAUCAGUCAGGACAUUCUAGCUGCCCCACACACUGUGAAGUCUCCAAAACAAUAAACUAUACCAUUUAAAACCA